AUGCAACGAUGCUUCCUGGCGACUAGGAGAGGCUAUGGCGCCGCCCCAUCGACAUGGCGCUGGAGCAGCGCGGCCGCACGAGUCCUCUUGACUGGCGCUCAUCGAGAGCUGAGCACAUCUGCCCGUCUGCUCGCGAAGAAAGCCUCGCCGACAACAACAGCACUGGAGGAGAGGAUAUCCCGGAUCCCGAUUGAGCGAUUCCGCAAUUUCUGCAUUGUAGCCCACGUCGAUCAUGGCAAGAGCACGCUCAGCGACAGACUGCUGGAAUUGACGGGCACCAUCGAGGCCGGUGGGAAUAAGCAAAUUCUGGACAAGCUCGAUGUGGAACGAGAGCGUGGCAUCACGGUCAAGGCGCAGACAUGCUCCAUGAUCUACAACCACAAUGGGGAGGAUUAUCUGCUGCAUCUGGUGGAUACGCCUGGACAUGUAGACUUUCGUGCAGAAGUCAGCAGAAGUUAUGCCAGUUGUGGAGGAGCACUUCUUCUGGUUGACGCCUCGCAGGGUGUGCAGGCUCAGACGGUUUCCAACUUCUACUUGGCGUUCGCUCAAAACCUGGCUUUGGUACCUGUCCUGAACAAGGUGGAUCUGCCAUCUGCCGACACGAAGCGGACUUUGGAGCAGUUACGAGACACCUUUGAGAUCGAUUCCUCUAAUGCUGUAAUGGUCUCCGCGAAGACUGGUCUGAAUGUGGCCAAACUUCUCCCAACGAUCAUCGAUGGCAUCCCGGCCCCGGUAGGUGAUGAGACCGGACCUUUGAAAUUGCUGCUUGUGGACAGCUGGUACGACAACUACAAAGGGGUCAUAUUGCUCGUGCGCAUUUUCGAAGGCAAGGUCAGAGCCGGCGAUCGCAUCGUGUCCUUUGCCACAGGUCUGGAGUACAUCGUCGGCGAAGUGGGGAUCAUGUAUCCUUUGGAGACACCUUUCAAACAAGUCUUGCGGGCUGGCCAGGUGGGCUACAUCUACUUCAAUCCUGGCAUGAAACGGAGCAAAGAGGCCAAGGUUGGUGAUACAUACACCACCGUUGGCAACGAAAGCAAGGUUGAACCGCUCCCUGGCUUUGUUGAGCCGCAGAGCAUGGUCUUUGUCGCCGCAUUUCCGACCGACCAAGGCGAUUAUGCGCAUCUCGAAGACAGCAUCAACCAGGUCUUGCUGAAUGACCGCUCGGUGACCAUCACCAAGGAAAGUAGUGAGGCUCUUGGCGCUGGGUGGCGGCUGGGAUUUUUAGGAACUCUCCAUUGCUCCGUUUUCGAGGAUCGCUUGCGCCAGGAGCAUGGCGCGAGCAUCAUCAUUACACCGCCCAGUGUGCCUUUCAAGGUUGUCAAGAAAGAUGGCACCGAAGAGGUGAUCCGGAACCCAAACCAUUUCCCAGAAGGGCGUGAUAUUCACCAGCAUGUCGUAUCCUUGGAAGAGYCUGUCAUCACUGCGACCCUCACCUUGCCUGAAGAGUAUCUGGGAAAGGUCAUCGAGUUGUGCGAGGCCAAUCGUGGCAUACAAGAGAGCAUCUCGUUCUUCACUUCAACACAAGUCAUCCUCAAGUACCUUCUUCCGCUCGAGCGCUUGGUUGACGACUUCUUUGGCAAGCUUAAGAGUGCUACGAAAGGCUAUGCUUCCCUGGAUUAUGAAGACGCUGGCUAUCGGCCAUCCAACGUCAUCAAGCUGCAACUUCAUGUGAAUAAGGUGCCGGUCGAUGCAGUUGCAAGAGUGGUUCACUAUUCAGAAGCAGAAAGGCUUGGGAAAACCUGGAUGUUCGAGGUCGUUAUUCAAGCUGUUGCGGGCAACAAAAUCGUAGCACGAGAGACGAUCAAGCCUUUUCGGAAGGAUGUUUUGCAAAAGCUGCAUGCGGCUGACAAGGGCAGGAAAAUGAAACUGCUCGAACGGCAGAAGGAGGGCCGAAAGAAGCUCAGGGCUGUCGGCAAUGUCGCCAUAGAAAAUAUAGCGUUCCAGGCGUUCCUGGCUAAGGAAUAG